AUUAUGCAUACAGAGAACAUCAAAUGCCCCAGAAAGAGUCUUCUGGCAUGGAUUCUAGCCAACAAAGCCUUCCUCCUGGUUCUGCUUCCACUUUGCCAAAGCUCAAUUUUGUACAUCUCUCACAAGAAGAAAACUAGGCCAAACGACGUACAUCUCCUCAUUUAUGAGUCACAAAGACCACUUUUGUGUUUCUUCUUCAAAGUGAUGGAAUAGGGGAAGAUACGCGCAAGGCCUUUGCUGAUCACCUCAAGGCUGCCUUGAAAUCCACUGGAAUACACACAUUUAGAGAUGAUGACGAGAUCAGGAGAGGAGCAAAUAUCGCACAAUAGCUGCAAAAGGCAAUACUUGAGUCACCGGUGUCCAUAAUUGUCUUCUACAAGAGCUAUGCUUCCUCAAGAUGGUGCCUGAACGAACUUGCAAGGAUCAUGCAACAUCACGUACAGAGCCUAUGGACACCAGGUUUUGCCAGUUUUCUAUGAUGUCGAUCCAAAGGAUGUGAGGAAUCAGAGUGGGAGUUUUGCAAAAGCAUUUGCCAAACAUGUAUUCGAGCAAAAAAUGGAUAAGGUGGAGGAGUGGCGAAGAACACUCAGUGAUGUUGCAGACAUGGGAGGGAUGGUUUUAGGAAAUCAGUAUGAGUCACAGUUCAUCCAACAUAUUGUUCAUGAAACUCUGAAAAUGCUGAAUGAAUCGUUAUUUAAAGGUUGUUCCAAUAUUGUUGGAAUGCCCUACCGUGUGCAAAAGCUGAAUAGAUGGCUGAAAGAUGGAUCAAAUGAUGUUGAUGUGGCUGUGAUAUGUGGCAUUUGUGGAAUUGGAAAGACCACAGUUGCCCGAGUUGCUUAUAACCUAAACUUUUACAGAUUUCAAGGUAGCAGCUUUCUUGAAGAUAUAGGAGGAACUUUAGAAGAAGACGUUGGUAUUCUUGACCUCCAAAAAAAACUUCUUUCAGAUAUCCAAAGGAGUGAAGAGACAGAAGCCAUAGACAUCAGCAGCCCAAAUGAAGGAAGAAGCAAAGAUCAAACACGCUGUGUGUUGCAAAAGAGUUCUUAUUGUUUUUGAUGAUGUGUCCCACUCUAACCAAUUCAAUGAAAUUCUUGGAAAACGCAGAUGGUACUGUCCAGGAAGUAAACUUAUCAUUACAACCAAAGAUAAACAUUUGCUGAAAAAUCAAGA